AUGCUGCCGAUCGAAUCCAAGGUUGGAGGUGCUGCAGGUCUGCCCGCGCGCAGUGCAGCAGAGCACGCACGGCUCAGCAGCAGCACACGGGGUGCGUGCUCUCCCAUCGCGUUGUCCUUGCUGCUUGCUUCUCCGCUCACGCCUCCUCACUCUGUCAUCCGCAUUUUAUCGCGUGGCGGGAAUGCGCAAUCUGCUUCCGUCAUCUAUUCCCUAACUGGGAACUUCUACCGUCUUAUUGGCGCCAGUGCGUCCGUUUCCACGCCCACCGUCACCCGCUUGCCUCUCGCGCGCCCGUCGCCGCCCUCCAAGGUCAGGUUCAUGGACACGGGAGCUUCUCCCCCCGCGACAGUCACGGCGGCCGAUAUUGGCGAUGCGGACCGGCUACAGGAGUGGUUGGAGGCGCGGUUGCCGGGCGGCAAGGCGGUGCUGGAGCGGUGGGGCAGUGAGCGGGGCACGAAGCGCGUGGCGAAUCUGUGGCAGGAGCUGGUGGACGGCGAGGUGUGCCUCGUGGACUCGCGCCCGCCGCUGCGCAAGGUGAGCGUGGCGAGCGUGCACGUGCGGCACGCGCGUACAGGCAAGGUGCUGCUGGAGGCGAUGCAGGAGAUGGGGGACGGAACGGUGCGCGCGAGGAACCGCCCGCUGUCGGAGAAGAUGCGGCCCGCGGAGAACCCCCUGGACGCGUGCCGGCGCGGUAUUCUCGAGGAGCUGGGCGAGGACCUCGGGGCGAGCCACCGCGUGUCGGUGCUGGCGGACACGCUGCGGCGGCAGGUGGAGGAGCGCGAGUCGUUCUCGUACCCCGGGCUGCGGUCGCAGUACGAGAUUCACGUGGUGGAGGCCGUGGUGGAGGGCCUGCCGGAGGCGAGCUUCUGUACUGUGGAGAACGAGGGGCAGGCGAAGAGCAGCAGUAAGGUGCACCGGUGCGCCGCUGUCAGCGGCGAGGGGCCCUGCAUGUGGGCUGGCAGUGACAGCGGCGAGCCUAGGCCCAGGCCGUGCGGGCGUGGGGCAGGAGCAGGUGCAGGGGGCAUGAGCAAGGGGGCUGCAGGGCAGGGGGUGAAUGGAGGGGCGUGUUCCAGUGAGGGCGAGGGGCUGGGCAGUGGAAGUGAUGGUGAGCAGCGUGUGCUGGGCGUGAAGAGGCACUUCUGGGUGUGGACGGACAGAAAGUGA